AUGGCGAACAGCGAACUCCCUCCAAACGGGCGCCAGUCUUCUUAUACCUUCAGCCCACCUUCAAGCCCUUCCCUCUUGAAGAGCCCAGUCCCUUCAUCUCUCAGUGGUCUCUUCCCAGAAGAGAAGCCCGGCUGGCGCGGGUACAUCGAGUGGGAACGCUAUCCAGAGCGCAAAGCCCUCGCGCGCGAGCUUCUCGCCACGCACAAGUUCCCAUCUCCCCCAGAGUUUCAGGUCGACGCUCUUCCCUCCACGAACCCCAUCCUCAUCGGUCAUAGAUGGAAGGACUAUCAUAAGGCGCUUGGAUUGGGCGCAAUCCCAGACUUCUCCUGGGAGACGGUGGGAAAAGAGAAGCCCGAUAUGAUUCACGUGUUGGACUUUCCUUACAAUGGAGAAACCCGGCGCGAGGACCUGAUGAAGGGAAAGAUAACAGAUAACCUACAACACUUUGUCAGAAACCAUGGUGGCGUGCCGGAUAUUGACGCGAGCGCGUACGAACUUGAAAUUGGCGGCUUCGUCGGCAAACCAGCGACGAUCUCUCUGGCAGAUCUCCAAGACCCAAGCAAGUUCCCACAGGUCGAGGUUACCGUUACGCUCCAGUGUAGUGGUACGCGUCGUAUCGAGCAGAUCUCUCAGUACCCAGGUGACGGCGAUGAGCUCAUUAAUGCGCCUUGGGGCGAGGGAGCGAUCGGAACUGCCGUCUACCGCGGUGUACCGCUCAAGAAGGUUCUCAAGAGUGCAUGCGGUGGUGUCCUCCCUGAGUGCGCCCACCUCGAAUUCAUCGGUGCAGACACCUACUUCAAGAAAGGAGACGUCUUCAACUAUGCGGUAUCCGUACCCUUGCGCAAAGUCCGUGCUCAAGGUGGCGAAGAGGUCAUCUUGGCUUGGGAGAUGAACGGGGCGCCGCUACCCAAGAUACACGGCUACCCUCUACGACUCGUCGUCACGGGCUACAUUGGCGCGCGUAGCUGCAAGUGGGUCACCCGUAUCGUGGCACAGCCUGAGCCGAGCAUGGGUCCGGUGCAACGCCAAGAGUACUUAUACUACUCCUUCCAGACCGGCAAGCAGAACGCCGCAUACUCAAAUGGCUUCAGCAUACAAGCCAUGCCCGUCUCGAGCGCGAUCAUCUUCCCUCAAGAACGACAACUUAUCGUUCAUUCGGGGUCGAUCGAUGUAAAGGGGUGGUCGUACAGCGGUGAUGCGCACUGGAUCGAGCGCGUGGAAGUUUCCUCUGAUGGCGGCCACACCUGGUACGAGGCGGACCAAGACGACAUGACGGAGAAGCACUACCACGCAUGGCGCCUCUGGAGCAUACAGCUUCCCGUCGAGGCUGAAGGGUGGAUCGAACUGACUGUACGCGCUUGGGACUCGGCGAACAAUACGCAGCCGACGUUCGUACGUUCAGCGUGGAAUUGGGAUCUGCACGUCACUUCAUCCGCCCACCGCCUGAAGGUGUACAGCAUCAACACGACCCGCGCGGCCACACGGGCUCGCAUCGCUCUGAUGAAGCAGCACGGCGUCGAGUCGUUCGAGCCGCUCUCGCGACCUCUGCCGUUUGCGCUCGAGGAUGAAGAGGAGUAUUUGAGGACUGUCAGAGCAAGGCCGCGCGAGCCCUUGUCGUAA